AUGGCAGGUGUUUUUGAAUGUGGUCUGGCCUUAUCUCUUGGGAGAGACUGGUCCUUCACUCUCAAGGCCAGUGAUACGCAAAUCCAAGGAGAGCAGGUUAGUUUGCUGCGGACGACGGGACACAGGGCAGCAAGAAAAGGGGUGCCUGUCCUCAUUGACCCCCUCUGGCUGGUUUCCACUGCCCACUGCUUUCUCAACAAAUCCCACGCACCAGCGGACUACCGGGUUCUGUUGGGAAGCACGCGGCUGUACCAGCACACCCAGCAUGCACAGGAGAUGUCCCUGAGCCGGAUUAUCGUGCACCCAGACUUUGAGAAGCGUCACCCCUUCGGGAGCGACAUAGUCAUGCUGCAGCUGCACCUGCCUGUGAACCUCACCUCCUACAUCGCCCCUGCCUGCCUCCCGAGCCCUGGCAUGCAGCUGUCCCCCAGCUUGUCCUGCUGGAUCACCGGCUGGGGGAUGCUCAGCGAGGACAAGCAUCUGCAUUCGCCCUUCCAUCUGCAGGAGGGUAAGGUGAGCCUCAUUGAGAACGAGUUCUGUAACGUCUUAUACAGACAAAGACUUAGCAACAGCAAGACCUACUCUGUGCAAGAGGAGAUGCUGUGUGCUGGGGACUUCUCGACGGGAAAGGCCAUCUGCCAAGGCGAUUCUGGGGGGCCCCUCAUCUGUGACCUCCCCACAGCCUGGGUUCUGGUGGGGCUGGCCAGCUGGGGCUUGGACUGCCGGCACCCUAUCUACCCCAGCGUCUUCACCAGGGUCGACUACUUCACUGACUGGAUCAACAAGAUCCAGAGGCUCACACCUCCCCCUGGUCCCACAUCUGCUCCUCAGACCGGGUUUCCAGACCAGACUCUGCAAGCUGUCAGCUCAUCUGGGCAUGGCCCAGCCCUUGUACCUCCCCAGACCUGGCUCCUGCUUGCAGUUUGUGCUCAGGGACCCACGGCAGGCCCUGCGGUGACCCACUGA